CUGUGUUCAAAAGUGGUGUUGUAUAAGUAGAUAUUUUGGUGCUAAGUCGCCUGUUUUGGCAUUUUGUGUACUAAAAAGUUCGGGAACUUCUCGUCAUCGUUCGAUAUACAUGGAAUCGCUUGAGUAAAAAAAUCUACAUUCGCCAGGCCAAUAAUGAAAAUGAAAAAAUAAACUAAUCCCAAAGCAAACAAGCUCGAAGCUUGCAAAUCACGCAGCUCCCCGCUUCAAAAGACAAUACAGCGGAAAAUGUAUCUUUCGGACGAAAUCCGUGUAACACAUUUUUUCAAAGCCAUCCAUCUAUGUGCGUUCUAAGAUCUCUCAGAUAUGUAGAUACAUUUAACAAGUUACGGAGUGCUUCGCGAGCGAAAGAAACCAUUUGAAAGGAAUAAAAUUAAAUUGGAAAGGCGAGAUGGUUCGGUGAAAAACUAUGGCCUUCAAAGUCCCACCCAGUUAGAAGGAUAUGUGCGUGUGUGUCUAAAUGCAAAUCGAAAGUUAAAACAUUGUUAAUGAUGGAGUUUUGUGAAAUUUUCACAACUGCCAGAUAAAAUGAGGGCCAUCCUGAUUGCUCAAGCGAACCCCGAAAAGGCGUCGACAGCUAUUAAUCAUAUUUGUUAGCAGCAGAUCUAUUUAUAAUAACGAAUAUGGAGCCAAAUCAUUAUUACUGCCGGAGCGCCAUGCAGCAGAACUCCUCGACUUCCAUACCACAACAUUCGUCGAACAAGCUCAACUAUGGGAUGAAUGCUGGCCAGGAUUAUGUGACAUGUAGCUCCGGCCAAGCUCAAUCGGGUUACAACUCUAAAGAUCUCGUGCCACGCACUGGGAACAAUAAGUCGCUCGGAGGCAAUGGCAAUAUGGGAAGUCCAUAUGGAGGAUCUGUCUGCAGCAACAGUGGCCAAUGCAGCAAGAAUACUGCCAAUGCUGGGAACUAUAUCAACAUAAUGACUGUUCCAUUGGGAACUUUGCAGUAUAAUCGAAAAAAGCUAUCUACUCAAGACUACGAAUCGCAUUUAUAUUACAAUACCACGGAUGUCAAGUGUCGCGAUGAUUACUAUAUAGCCAAUAAUGCCACAGCAGCACUACCGCAGCACCAAGCUCAUCAACCGCAACAGCAGCACCUGCACCAGCAGCAGCAUCAACACCAACAACAACAGCAACAGCAACAGCAACAUCAGCAGCAUCAGCAACACCAACAACAUCAGCAACACCAACAACAUCAGCAACACCAACAACAUCAGCAACAUCAACAACAUCUGCACCAACAGCAGCAGCAGCAACAACAGGCCAACUUUCUCCACAUUCAGCAAUCGCUCCAACAUAACCACCAACUAAACCACCCAGAACCAAUCCAUCAGCUACCCCAAUUACAGAGCUCGGUGGCCGAUCCACCAGAUGCCUUUGACAACUGUGCGAUCUUCCCCAACGCCGGAGGCAAUGGCAACGGAAGUGGACGCGUGGCAGCCACUCAAACCCAUCAGAAUAGCUCCAGUGUGGUCACGUGUGACCAGCAGGUUCCCGUAUCGUUGGGCUCUGUGAAUAUGCCCGUUCCCCCGAUCAUGUAUACCGUACACCGAGUGGUCACCACUGCCCAAAUCCAAACGGCGGUGGGCAGUACCUUUGCCUCCUCGGCCAGUGUUUCCAGUGUGGUGAGCACGGGUCAGAAUGAGGGCGACUGCCUGUCGCCGGCUCAGGUCUCCUCAGCCAUGGCCGCUUCCGGGAAUGCCCCUUGCCUUGGUGGACUCUCCGACAUGGGCGCCAACAUGAUGAACAACGCAAGUGCACUUUGUCCCCUUUCCGACCUGAGAAGCCCAUCCGGAGUGCUCACCAAUUCCUCAUUCAUGCCACAACACCACAAGUGUAACAAUGGCAACGAUACCCAAUCCAAUCCCGCAAUCCAAAAACGUAUAAUGGCCACAAGCUCAACUUCGAAUUUCUCAAAUGCUGGCAAAGCAGCUUCCAAUCUAACCCGUGCUCUCCAAAAUGUAAUCCCCACAUGCGUAUAUCUUAUGUCUCGGGUGGCGGUUCACAUGGAGAUCGAGGGCACAGCCCAGUGUCCGUCUCAAGUGAUGUUGGCAGCUGCCUUGGGGUGCGAAGAGCUUGGCAUAUCCAAUAAAUUGCUGGCCCAGAGUGUUUUCGGAUUAUGGAUGACAAGCGCUUUACUGGAGAUGCAGCUAAAGGCCCAUCACUGCCCCUAUAUAGUGAGAGUAGCGUGGCCGAACUUGCUCCAGAAGUUCAGCAAUAGCAGUCCCAGUGAUCGAAAGUUCGACGAACCGAUGAUAGUUUUGAAACGAAACGUUUUCUUCUCUAAGCGGGAUGAAGAGAAAAUAAAGGAUCAUCGAAUCUUAGAGCUCCUUUAUGAAGAGGCCAGAAAUAAUGUGCUGACUGGUAGAUAUAUUAUGGAGCCAGUACAUUCCCUCAUGCUGGGUGGCAUUCAAGCCCGCAUCGAAUUGGGUCCUUAUAAUUCCCACACCCAUACAAUAGGAUUCUUUCGGGAAAACCAAGCUAGGUUUUUGCCUCCACACGUUGCCAAGAGCUCCACUUGGUUGUGGCUACCAAUAAGUCAGAAGAACUCAGCGGAGGUUAAGCUUUUGGAACAGUUCAAGAGAGUUCCCCAGACAGCUACCACCCGAAAGUUGAUGAGAAAGUACCUGGAAUUUUGCUGGGCCUUACCAUUCUAUGGAGCCGCUUAUUUCCAUGGUCAAAUAGAGCAGCCUGUUCGAGGAAUUAUGGCAUUGGUGAACCAGAAGGACAUGGAAGUUUUAGUAGCAGUUAAUGAAAGGGGAGUUUUUGUAAUAGAUCCAUAUGAAUGUACUCUCCUCCUGGGACUGCGUUAUGAGGAUUUGUCUUGGGAUUACGCAAAGCCAAGUGCCAGUGAUGAUCCCGAAUGCCUCACUUGUAUAUUCUUGCAGUUCGAUGCUGUUGAGAAUGGAAUACAAGUAUCGAAGCUGAUGCAAAUAUUUUCCAAGCAAGCUGCCAUGAUAGACGCACUUAUAUCACAUUUUACGGAUCAAAUAAGGAACAAAAAGCAAGAGGGCAAUACCCAAGAACCUUUUCAUGAUGAGCCAAAUCCUAUUCAAAAUAAUGGAAAUGGAGUCUUAUGCAAUAAGCUAUCGCGAUUAACGUUGGCCACCUUCGAUGAGGAGGGCGGUCGUUGCAUUGGGCAAAUGGGAUCAUUAUCUAUAAGCUAUUAACAUUUGUUACUAACGAUAAAAUAAAUUUAAGUUAAGGGGUGUUAAAUAAAAGUUCACGCAUAUAUUCACGAUUGUUGAUAAAUUCCCAUAAAUAUACUCACAGAUCAGAUUUUAGCAAAACGGAAUCAACAUAUUCACAGUCAUCUUACCUUAAGUCUUUUACUACGAUUAAUGUUUGUUUUAUAAUUUUAUUGAAGUGCAAUACUCGAAUUUCCAUGACAAGUACAAUAAGUUAAAGGAUUACCAAUAAUUAGUGAUUAAUUUUAAAAUACAAUUCGAUGACAAGCCAAGAUUCCAUUUUAAUCUGCACCCAACCAAUAUUUAUUUUUUGCUCAAUAAAAUUGUUUUUGUUUUUAAUACAAGAUCACUCAUAAAUAUUCAAAUUAAAUUGUUUACAGUUAAAGCAAUUAAUAAUUAACAAAUAAUGCCCCCGAAUAGUUAUCUCAUUUUAUUUACCUGUAAGGUAAGGCAUGUAGUAUAUAAUAAGAUAUAUACAUUUAUGGGUAUGUGCAUUUGACGUAUGCGUUCAGAAUUAGUUUAAUAAGCCUUCGACUGAAACAAAUUAUGUAUAUAAUAACAAUAAAAGAGGUGUAUGUACAAAAUGUAAGGGCUGACUGCCAACAUAGGUUAUGUAUAUAUAUUUAAAUUUGUAUGUAUGUAUAAAUUGAGACUUAAAAUAAAUACCGUUUCCUCAUAUUUAUACAGCAAGUAAUUAUCAAAUUACACAAAUUUUAUUUUCGUCUUUUAACUGCACUAAAUUUUAUGUUUUUCUUUAAAUAUUUAUUUAGUGUAUCGCAAAGACAUUCCAAAAGCGGUAUUUAUUAUUUAAUAAUGAUUCCCUUUUAAUCCGCUUCCAAAUCUUUACUAAAAUUUAAUUUCUUUGGUAGUUUUCUUUAUUUUUUAUAAAUUUUAUUUGAAAGUACAUUUUUGUGACAAAUAAAAAUGAAAUAAAAAUUGUUUAAUAAUAAUAAAUAAUGAUAUAGUUAUAAUAUACAGCGACACGAAAAUUAAUCAAUACAUGUAGGUGUAAUCUAAUAAAUUAUAGUUAAUAGAAAAUUUAUUUAAAUAUGUGUAAAUCAAACAUAAAUACUAAACGCUACUUACUUUCUAAAAUGUGUCUUUUAAUAACACAAUAAAAAAAGUAUUAAAAAGUAA